AUGGCCGACUUCAUGACCAAGCUCUGGGAGUCCGUCUUCACCCCCGGACCUACCCCCACCAUUCUCGUGGCCGCCAACGUCAGCUUUGCCGCCCUCCAGGUCACCCUCUUCGCCCUCCUUCUUGCCACGUAUAGUGUGCAUUGUGCAGUGCUAUCUAUCCUAUGCGCGGGGCUGUGGUGGUCUAUCAACUGGUUCGCUGCCGAGCUGGCAGCAGUGCAAAGGCAGCAGAAGGAAGAAGAGGAGAAGAAGGCAGCCGAAAGCCCGACGGAAGACGCCGACGAUGCCAAGGAUAGUAGCGCAGACGAUACUGAGGUCGAUGAAUCCUCUGCUGCCGGUACCACGUCGUUUGCCCCCCUGUUGGACAGGGAACAGCUUAAGAAGCGUGCUGCCACCAAGCUUGCUGCGCCCGAGAGAACCCCCUCGAGUGCCAGUACAGAGGAUGAAUGGGAAAAGGUAUCGGAGAAUGGAAAGGAAAAAGAGAAAUGA